GUUUAUACCUCGAUGUGCAAGUAGCAGACUAUCUAAGGAUUGCAGAAUGUCAGUCGAAGAAUUUGACGAUUCAACGCCUCACAAGCAGCCGAACCUUGAGUCAUUUGAUUCAGAGGGGGAUCUUAUUUUAGCCAUUGAAGGUAGGGACAUACGACAGUUCCUCGUAUCCUCCAAGGUCCUUCGCCUCGCAUCGCCAGUAUUCAGGAAAUUACUGAGCCCAAAAUUUCGCGAGGGAAUGCAGAUGACAGAGUCUCAUUGCCCCAUAAUUACACUUCACGAUGACGAUUCAGAAUGCAUGGAGACUAUGCUUAAGGUUCUCCAUUAUCAGGAAGAAGAGAAUCAGAUGAAUGCGGAGAUGCUUGCUCGUUUGGCUGUCCUCUGCGACAAGUAUGACUGCAAUAGGGCCCUUAGACCAUGGGUCUUCAAGUGGUUCCAUGACUGUCAAACCAUUAGAACGGCUGAGGAGAACGGUCUUCUUCUUCUUGCUGCACACUUUUUCCGCGAUGAAGAUCAAUUUUGCCGCCUGUCCGCAAAUGCUCAAACUCAGCUCUCACUUGAAUUCGGCACUCAAUGGCAAGAGAAUGACCUUCUGAAGCUAUUACCUGCCGCUGCUUGGAACGAUUUAUCGGAUCGCAUCGAGGAGCUGCUACAGAAAAUGACUUACGAGCUGCAGUCCAUUGAAGAAGCUCUGAGGAACAACCAACGGGGCUAUGAGAUGGACGGAUUGGUAUGUGCGUGCUGUGGAAAGACUCAUCCCAUUGGAGCGAGAAAGUGUCAUUCUUGCCGUAACGAUCAGCUCUCCGUUAAGCAUUGCACCGGUGACUACCGCGUAGCGGAGUAUUUCUCAGCUUUGAGGAAGCUUGAGCUCUGGCCUUCUGUGCAGCCGUUCCGAAUCUGUUCUGCGGAGACCAUUGCCAUGCGUAUCUCCCGUGUGAAGACUAACUUGAGACACGGCUGUGGCGCUGGCAAAGCAUGCCCUCUUGAAUUGGAAGUGGACUUUUUAGGUCGAAAGGUCAACGGGUUCCUGGGAAAGGUUAAAGGAUUGAAGCUCUAUCCUCUUCAACAGAACAAUGAGCAAUACCAAUGA